AUGCCAGAGCUUCUCUCGGACGGCGGGUCGGUCUGCAUCAAGGGGUGCGGGGAGGACGAGGCGGUGCUCACGACGCACGACGCCUCGUACGUCGUCCGCCUCGCCGACUCGUCCAACUCGAUGCUGCUCGUGCGGGGCGGCGUCGAGGCGGAGGAGGCGCUGGACGAGCCUGCGGUGGGGGAGGAGGAGGCGCUGGCGCCGAGCCGGCCGGACGCGCGCCCGACGCUCUCCUCCCUCGAGGCUGCGGCGCAGUGCUCUCCCCUCGAGCUUCGCGCGGCGCUGCAGCGCUGGAGGGCGGUGGAGGUGGCGGGGCGGUGGUGCUGCCUCGAUCCGCAGUACGAAGCGGACUGCGUAGAGUGCCUCCUCGCCCUCGCCGUCGAGCAAGAGUGGCCCUUGCACGCCGUGCCCGUGCCCGCCGCCGUCGAGGCGCUCGCGGCGCAGUUCGACGAGGCGACGGUGCGACACUGCCUCCGCUCGCACUCUACGGCGGCGGCGGCGCCUUGGGAGGAGUGGCUCGCCGCCGCCGCCUCCGACGAGGUUGCGCUGGAGCCGCGCGCCAUCUGCACCUUCCGCGCGCGCGUGCUUCUCCUCGAGACGGAGGCGUGGCCAAAGGACGCGUUCGACGAGGCUUGGGCCGACGGCCCGUCCGACGCAGACCUAGACGGGCUCGCCGUGCUGCUGCCGCCCGACGGCAGGGCGGCCAAGGGAGCGCCGCUCACCGUGCGCGCCCUGUCGGCGGAGGCGAUGCCGCCCGACGCCGCCGCGCGCUUCUCGGUGCUGUGGAGCCUCAAGCCGAGCUGGGCGAUGCGCGAGCUCGGCCCCUACCUGCUUGACAUCGUCGCGCCCGGCUCGAGCGCCGAGGCGCUCGUCCUCCAGCACGCGCGCUGCGUCACCGCGAGCGACGGGAGCCGCUCGUACGUCGAGCGCAAGUAG